AUGGAAGAGUCUACUACUGAGGCCCCUGUAGACGAGUUCACUACUGAAUCUCCUGUAGGUGAGGGUACCACUGAAGCCCCUGUACGCGGUACCACUACUGAAGCCCCUGUAGGUGAGGCUACUACCGAAGCCCCUGUAGAUGUGUCUACUACUGGAUUCCCUGUUGGAGAGUCUACUAGUGAAGCACCUAUAGAUGAGUCCACUACUGAGGCCCCUGUAGACGGGUCUACGACUGAAUCUCCUGUAGACGAGUCUACUACUGAAGCCCCUGCAGAUGAGCUUACUACUGGAGCCCCUAUAGACGAGUCCACUAGUGAAGCCCCUGUAGAUGCGUCUACUACUGAAGCCCCUGUAGACGAGUCCACUACUGAAGCCUCUGUUGGUGAGUCCACCACUGAGGCUCCUGUAGACGGGUCUACUACUGAGGCCCCUGUAGACGAGUCCACUACUGAGGCUCCUGUAGAUGAGUCUACUACUGAAGCCCCUGUUGGUGAGUCUACUACCGAGGCCCCUGUUGACGAGUCCACUACUGAGGCCCCUGUUGACGAGUCUACUACUGAGGCCACUACUGAAGAGUUUACUACUGAGGCCGCUGUAGAUGACUCUACUACUGAGGCCACUAUGGAAGGGUCUACUACUGAGGCUCCUGUAGCCGAGUCCACUACUGAAGCCCCUGUUGGUGAGUCUACUACCGAGGCCCCUGUAGACGGUUCUACUACUGAAGCCCCAGUGGAUGAGUCUACUACUGAAGCUCCUGUAGACGAGUCUGCUACUGAGGCCCCUGUAGAUGAGGGUACCACUAAAUCCCCUGUAGACGAGUCCACUACUGAGGCCACUAUGGGAGAGUCCACUACUGAGGCCCCUGUAGAUGCGGCUACCACUGAAACCCCUGUUGGUGAGUCCACUACUGAAGCACCUAUGG